AUGACAAUCAGAGACUUUACAUUUGUCUGCCCUACUGAAAUUCUGGCCUUCAAUAAUACUCUAGACAAGUUCAUGGCUAUUAACACCAAGGUUAUUGCACUCUCACUUUGCCUGGGUGAACCAGUCCCACAAGGAGGCAUACUUUUCAAGGAGAGCAUUACUUUCUGUGAUCUCUUUAUCAUUGAUCUGAAGAGUAUCUUCAAGUAUUUUGCCACCCUUAACAUACUUCUCAUACUCUAUUUUGUUAAUGUCUCAUCUCUAAAAGAAAAAUGCACACUUGUGUCAGAAGUUGACUUAGAAGGCUCUGCUAAGAAGAGAGUAAAACAGAGAGAUUAUAAAAUAGAUGUGUCAAUAAGCAGCUGGUGGACUGAUAUCAAGAAUAUUGCCUCUGAGCUAUUAUAA